GGGCAGAUGCCAGGCAACAAAAAAGAAAGACACAAGGGUGAGACUGAGACGCCCGCAUUCCUGUCGCCCUGUGUCUCGCCGUGUCUUGCCCUGGUCACAUUUUGUCCUCGUGGCCCGGGGUUCGGAUAUAUCAUGUUUGCUCCCCUCCUCGGGUACGGCCGUUUGCGGCGUUCAGCCCUCAUUUCCAAACAUUCAUAGCGUCUGUUUUUACGUGGUGGCACCUCUCUCUCCCCUCCCCGUCUCUACUUUCUCUCCCUAUUACCUGGUACCAAGUAAUCAAUAUUGUCAUUCAUCCUUUUCCGGGUCGCUCUUGUUCCUCGAUACUGGGUGACAGCUUCGUUUUGGCCUCAACUCGUCCUGGACACACCCGAGAUCCCGGAACUCUUUCUUUUCUCGGGCUGAGAUUUGAUUUCUCUUCUACCGGUAAUCACUCCCUCACGGAGGAUCUGCUACCUUGCCGACCCGAAAGAUCGGACAGCCAUGUCUUGUAUGUCGUGGUCGUCGUCCACGCCGCCCCGUCGUCGCUGGGUAUCCCAGAGAGCCAGGCGGCUCCUCUCGCCAUCCGCCCGCACCAGCAGCACGGCAAGACCCGGACCCGGCUCCGCGGACGAGGAGACACGGGCACCCCGGCCUAGCACGAGCGUUGGCUUCGAUAUGGGAAAGCAGACCCCUCCUCCUCCCACUUCAUCUCCUCACACUCGCACUCGCAGCACCGCCUCCUCUCCAACCUCCGUGUCCUCCGACGCCUCCCCCUUCGUCUUAUCGGAGUCAUCACAAGUCCAUGCCCAAGACCAAUCUCCUUUCUUCCGCAAACUGCCCCCCGAGGUCCGCGACCUCAUCUACCAGGAGUACUGGCGCAUUUCCUGCUUCAACUGCCACGUCUUCCUGGACGAUGCAUGUGGCGAGUACCGCAUGGCCCCUUGCGUCGUCGACCAUGACGCCCCGGGCGACGCGUGCCAGGAGGGUCUUGCCGUGGAUUUCCAGCCCACGCCCGCCGUGCAGUACCACCAGGUCUGGUUUGACCGUAUGACUUCUUCCUGGUGCAAUCACUGGCCGUGUGAGGAGGCCAUGCGGAAACGAUCCGAGGCGCGGGAGAGGAUCGGUCUGGAUGGCAGCGCAGCUGAGGGGGGAGCCAUGAGAUGCGUCUCGUUGCUGACCUCUUGCAGGCGAAUGUACGCCGAGGCCCUACCAGCCCUACACAACGCCACCUCUCUCACCAUCACCGACAAAGAGACCUUAUUCGCCCUUUUCAUCCGCCCAGGACCCAAAGGCCCCGUGAGGCCAUCGAAGUCUCGCUUCUACUGGUCCACCAAGACGCACACCUACCUACCCGCAUCACCGCGAACCAAACGAGACACGAAUCCUACAGCCGACGACGACUACAGCCGCAACAACAACGACAACAACGACAACGACGACAACAACGACAACGACAACGACGACAACAACGACAACAAGAACAACAACGACGACACAACGACCACACCUGCCUACCCAAAACCGGCCCUGGGCAGCCCCGCAACCAACAUCGCCGCCUUCCUCCCCCGCAUCCGCACCCUCAACAUCUCCCUCCGCCGCGACGCCGCCGACUUCCUCUACUUCAACGGUGCCGGCGUCUGGCACGCCGUCUCCCCGACCCACAUGCCGCGCCUGCGCCGCAUCUCCCUCUGGAUGGACGGCGACUGCCCCGUCACCCGCCGCCUGCUCCCGCAGUUCCGCGCCAUGUGGGCCGCCAUCCCGCCUUCCGUCGCCGACAAGCUCGUCGUGAGUUUCCCCUGCGGCGAGGAAGGCUUGUGGAGCUGGCGCGAGGUCCGGUUGCGCACGGGGAGGAGUUCGGCGCCCGCGUGGUGGCCGGCGCGGCAGCAGCAGCAGCAGCAACAGUCGCAGCAGUCGCAGCAGCAGACCGACGAGAGCGACGCGCCAGUGGUGACGAAUGUGAGCGUGGGGAAUGUGGAGGGCAAGUACGAGAUGGAUAUACUGGAAGAUGAGAACGGCCAUGACGUUCUCAGGCUGCCGCCUUUCAAGCCCCAGUUUGCCGUCGUUUUGCGCGGCUGGCACACAUUUCAUUCAACCUGCGGGGGGUUCAUCUCGAGGGUGGAUGAGGAGCGCGGGGCCAAAGAACGGAGGAGGUUCACCCUGGGGAACCCGUUUGAGGAUAUACGCCUCUAUGGACGGGGUUGGUUUGACCAUUCGUACUACUGAUUAUCUCUUACCUUACGGAAUACAUAUUAGCCAUUGUAUGAAUGGUGAUGCAUCUCUCAUGAUCAUCUUACUCUAGAACACCACAUUAGUUAUGAUCACGAACAUUAUCAAGAAAUAACAAACAAGGUUGGAUGG